UAUGGCCGAACCUCGACAGACCUCACUCCAACCCCCGAUUCUCCCCGUACCACAGCCGAGACUACUAGCAGCACAGCCACUGCUAUUCCCCCAUCACCUUCGCCCGAUCGACCCGACCAUCCGUCUACUACCGCUCCAAGCCAGCCCGUCGUCACACCNNUCGUCGCUCAAAACGCAGCCUGCGCUCACGUGCCCUCUAAUGCUGCUCGCCCGAAGAAGAAAUCGAAGUUCCUGUCCUUCUUGAACUGCUGCGGCUCCUCGGACGACGCCCAGGACGGUGAUCAGGAUGUGCCAUCUCGCCAGUCGGUGCCUGCGCAAGCCUCCCAAGUCGAUCAACAACCCUCAAUGAACUCCAACCCAACAAUGCAAUCAGUGGAUACCAUCGAUGAGAAGCCGUCCACCAACCCUUAUCUUGCCGAGCCGAGCGGCACUUCAGCUCAUGCAGAAAGUGAGAACAUGUCUCCGCCUGGUCAAAGUCAGUCAGAGUCCAGAUACGAAGGUGUCUCUGCGCCCCCUCAAAUAGCCACUGGAAUGCCUUCGGUUGGGCCCGUGCAUGGUCAGAACUCGCAAAUGCAGACCUCUUCAGAUGCGCCCUACCUCACUCAACCCGAUGUCGUUGUUCAAGCUCCUACUCCCAUUGCGACGACCGCAGAUGAAGAUCUUAUGAUCGCCGACCGCACUCCGGAACAACAGGCUAGAGACACGGACAUUGAAAUGACGGACGUCGGUCCUUCGCUACCUCUUUCGGCCAACGACGUAGCUGGUACAUCCGAGGAUGAAGGCCAUGUCUCCGCUCGCCGUGAAUCUGGCUCACGGGUCGACCUGCCUCCUCCCCCACCCCUGGUGGAGCGCCAGGCACAAGUGGCACACCCCAACACGGCUAGCCAUGACACAUCGCUGGUCCCGAGUCCCGAGCCUCAGAAGUGGUUGUUGCCAUCUGUGAGGCCGGAGCACCAGGGCAGAAAAUGCUUAAUCCUGGAUCUGGAUGAGACUCUUGUCCACAGCAGUUUCAAGGCGGACUUUACUAUCCCUGUAGAAAUAGAAGGGACAUACCAUAAUGUCUAUGUUAUCAAACGACCAGGGGUCGAUGCAUUCAUGAAGAGAAUGGGAGAGCUGUACGAGGUUGUCGUGUUCACGGCUUCGGUUUCANAAGACCCGCUUCUGGACCAACUGGACAUCCAUGGAGUGGUACACCACAGACUGUUCCGAGAGAGUUGCUACAAUCACCAAGGCAACUACGUCAAAGACCUCUCGCAAGUCGGUCGCGACCUCAAGGAGACAAUCAUCAUCGACAAUUCGCCCACCUCAUACAUUUUCCAUCCUCAGCACGCUGUGCCCAUUAGCAGUUGGUUCUCGGACGCCCACGACAACGAGCUUCUGGACCUCAUUCCGGUGCUGGAAGACCUUGCAGGGUCGCAGGUCAGCGAUGUCAGCCUAGUGCUCGACGUGGCACUG